AUGACUUCUACCGGAGAACCAAAAGGUGAUCCGGCAAAAUCGUUGAGAUUUUUGGAAACCUUCGACGAUCGGCCGCUUCCCGACGUCAUACAAGCUGAAACCCAUCACGAGUUGAACGCGACAUUUUACAAUUCGAUGGUCGAUUACGUUAUCGAUCACAAAGAACGGUCGUCGUCAACAUCGGAAACGACGGAAAUUCAGGAAAAACUUGAAACCCAAAACAUGGAUCGGGUGACGUACGUAUCGGGUAACGUGUUCGAAGGACUCGCAUCCGAAUCGAUCCCACACAAAACGGGACGUCUAUGUCUGGACGGCGGCGCCAUUUACGAGGUAACAUGUUCACAACCUAAUGUCAACAUAAGUUUACAGGGACAGUUUAACGACGGUAUUCCCGAGGGCAGGGGCGUCAUAAGAUGGUUGGACGGCAGUUGGUACAGCGGCGAAUUCCUGAAGGGCCUGAGGCACGGCCGAGGACUGCACGUGUCCUGCGAAGACGGCCGUCGGUGGUACAGCGGCGACUGGGCCUACGGCACGAGGAACGGACGCGGAGAGACGGCCUGCUGCGUCGGCCAACCGGACGGCGCGUUGAACUACUCCGGCGACUGGGUGGACGGGCGGCCGCACGGCAGCGGCACGGCGAGCUGGCCGGACGAGACGCGGUACACCGGUGGCUGGGCCCGCGGCCGGCAGCACGGCCGCGGUAAGGCGGUGUGGCCGAGCGACGACGUGUACGAAGGUGAUUGGAUAGACGGGCACAUGGACGGCACAGGCACAUACGAGUGGAAUACUAACCCUCGAGACUGCGAUCGGCUGGUGCUCUUGUGCUUGAGUGAUAAGUACACUGGCCAAUGGUCAAAGUCAAAAAAACACGGUCUGGGCGUGUUCUAUUCGGCGGACACCGGUACGACGGUGACCGGCCGCUGGGUGGACGACUCUUUGGACGGUCCGUGCGAAAUCGUCUUGUCCACCGGUCGGCCGCCAAAGGCUUCCGGUCUCGUGUUCCGCAAAAACGUACUUUACGAACCGCGGCCGGACACACCUCCGCCCGCCAACACUGGUCACAGACUUGCUGUGUCGACCCCAGGCCGUAAACGUCGACUUUCGUACAAGCCCGUGGCCGCCGCGGCUGUGGAUUGUCCACUUUUGGCGACCUACGGAAGCCGCGUCCAAGAGUCCCGUGAUUUCCGCUCGACCGCGUCGGCCCGUCUGGUGCGGGCCGACAUCCAGUUGGUGAAUUCGGCGGAAGGAGAAACGCCGUGCGAUUACGACCUGACCGAUCAUGUCCUGAGAAUAGCGGACAAGUGUAGGGAGGAUUUGGACGAGGUGACCGCUACUGCCGGGGGGGACUUGGAAACGGAUCUCCGAGACGCAGAAUGCGCGCUCAGCAUGUACGACGAACGUCUGGCAGGACUUUACCGGGCUUACGGCUCGUUCUUGGCCGACGGUCCGAUACCUUACCGACCUCUGAUGACUCGUCUCGGACUUUGGCAGAUGAUUGUCGACAGCCGUAUGCACGAGCACGUGUCACUAGCCGACUUUGACGACUUGUUGUGUGAGUAUAUGAUAUAA